UUGAUAAUAUGUCAAGUGUCAACGUCGAAAGGGAAUAGAAGAAAAGUAAAAAAUCAAAAUCAUCAAGGAAAACAAAAACAAAUUGACUACAAUAGUUUUUGUGACUAUCUUAAGACUUAAUCCCUAUUUAUUUAUAAUAAUUGUUAAAAUGUUUUGAAACUGCAUAAAAAUGUCGCAUAUGCUAGAUUUUAAGAAAAUAUGUCGGGCUUGUUUAUCUGACGCUGGUCCAUUAAGCGAUAUAUUUACUGUUUCUACAUCAGGAAUAUUUAAAUAUUGCACAUCUGUUGAGAUUUCUGAUAGUGAUUGUAUGCCUAAGUUAAUCUGUCAAAAGUGUCUAGAUCUUCUAAACAAGCUCUAUAACUUCAAGCAAGUGGUUGUGAGAUCAAAUGUAAUAUUGAAACAACAAUGGAAGUUACAGGUCAAACCCGAAUCUCACCUUACAGAGAACAAUGAAAACAGUUUCUUAGAUGUGAAUAUUACAGAAACAAGUGAUGAUGUAUUAGAAAAUACAACAGAAAAUAUGACACAAAAUAGUAGUGACAAACCAUAUGACCCAGCUAGUCUAAUAAGUCAAAUACUCGCCCGUCGCAGGCGAAGGGGUCCAGGGCGACCGCCAAAAGAACCGGGUGUGGCCCAACGCCGCUCCGAGCGUAUGAAGUGCGUCAAGUGUGGCAAAAGUUUCCAAAAGUAUGAAAACUUUGAGGCACACAUGAGAGGACAUUUCGGAAAACAGCCAGAUAUAAAAUGCAAGCAUUGUGACAAGACGUUUCUCUCACUACGAAGUCUGAGUAGCCAUAUUCGCAUUCACAGCGCAGUACGAAAAUACCAAUGCCUAUCUUGCGGCAAGAGUUUUGCAUAUCUCAAUGUUUUGAAGAACCACGAACUAAUACAUGCAGGUGUUAAGAAACACGAGUGCCAUAUGUGCGAUGCUAAGUUUGUGCAGGCGUAUAACUUAAAGAUGCACAUAGACACACAUAACAACGAGAAAAAGUACAGUUGUGGUGAAUGUGGGAAGCAGUUUGCUCAGCCCGGGAACCUUAAGACCCACCUUGUGAGACAUUCCGGGAUCAAGAAUUACGCCUGUUCCGCUUGUGAUAUGAGAUUUUAUAUUAAGGCAGAUUUAGUUAAACACAUGCGGUCACAUUCCGCUGAGAAGCCGUUCUCUUGUCACAUGUGCGAUAAGACGUUUAAAAGUAGAAGUUUUCUGUCAAUACAUAUGAGGACUCAUACAGGUGAACGUCCGUACGCCUGCGAUAUAUGCCCUAAAAAGUUCAUGGCACGAAAAGACUUACGCAAUCACAGAAUGAUCCAUACCGGCGAGAAACCCCACAAAUGUCAACUAUGCAAUCAGGCGUUCAUACAAAAAUGUGCGUUGAACCGGCAUAUGAAGGGACAUAGUAAACCUGAUUUGAUCAGGGAGAUACCGAUCGUCAGUUCACCGCAAAUGGGUUAUCCAUAUUUGUGAUUACAUUGAUAAAAAAAAUAUAUAUAUUUGUUUUAAAUCAAAAAGUAUUAUCAUUUCUACGACAAACAAACCUCCAGUUUUCAAAAUGUAUGACAAAAAUGAAAGUUGAAAGUCGAAUUUUUUAUGUAACUUUUAUUGUGGUUAAAAACAAAGAAAAAUUGGUUGGGACGGUAUUUCCGAUUUUCCUUUAUGGCGCUGGAUCCUGGAUAGUCUGAAAUAUCUGAAAGAAGGAAAAUAGAUUCUUUGGAAAUGUGCUAUAGCGAUAGCUAAAGAUACAAACAUGUCCAUAUUAAGACGGUUACAGUUAAUAAAUUAUCUAUCAACACCAACAGAUCCUGAGUUUUUUUGACAUGCAACACAGAUCCA